AAUCGAGCACCAGCUCAGACAUCAUCGAAAGCUCCUUGCGAACGGAUCGUGCGUGGUGAAAUCUUUGCGCUGUGUGCGGUUUUCCCGAGAUUGUGUGCCGAAAAAAAAAAACCACCAAAACUACGAAUUGAAAAAAUUCAGAGUCCAACCGUUUCCUGUGCAUUCGUUCUCGUCCGGGCAACCGUGCUUUUUGGUGAUCGUGAUCGUGCUUUCAACAGUGAUCGUCAGUCAGGGAGCCGUUUGCGAAAGCAAGAUACGCACGUAAAGGAAAGUGAAACUCGCAAAUAAAAUGACCUUCCACUCCGUACGCUAACCGUUUGGAGUGCCGCACUGUCUCUGAAAUCGAGAUGUCCGAAUCGACCAGAGUUCGGAACCGUUCCAAAGAAAUGAUACCAACGCUACGUACCAAGUGUUAUUCGAGACGGAUAUGGAAGAUGAACCGCUUCACCUGCCUGCUUUUGGCCCUGUGCUGCGCUGUAACGACAGUGAUGGCACAGCGGGACACGAUAUGUCCACCGCAAGACAUCAUACUACCAUGCAGAUGUUCACAGCGUGGCAGUGAAGUACAGAUAUGGUGUUCGCAUAGUGACUUACCGCGGGUGUUGAUGGGUUUAAAGGCCGUCUCGAAAUCAAUCAUACGACCCAUCGACGAGCUUAUACUGGAGAACAACUUUUUGCCUUCCCUUCCCGGCCGAACCUUUGCUCCGCUUAACAUACUCCGGCUGAUGCUGCGCCACAACGGGCUGGAGCGUCUCUCGAACGGAUGGCUCAACGAUCUGGACAAAAGUCUGGUGGAGAUCUUCAUAGUGGAGCGCAACCUGCGCAGCAUCCCGGUGGACAGUUUGACCGGCAUGCGCAAGCUGGAAGCGGUUACGAUACAGAGCGAGAAUCUGAAACGCCUUCCGGACUUCUCCGGUCUGCCGAAGCUACGGUACAUAAACGUGCAGAGUGGCUCGUUAAUUGAGCUAGCUCCCCAGCACUUCCGCGAUUUGGCCAAUCUCGAGACGUUGCACGUGACGGGCAGCGGUAGCUUAAAUCGGCUCGAGGCGGGACUGUUUAACGAUCUGCCAAAGCUGAAUCUGAUUAACCUCUCGGAGAAUGGCAUCAGCUGGGUACAUCUGCGAACGUUCGUCGGGUUACCUUCGCUGAAAACGCUUCAGCUGUCGGCCAACAAGAUCACGGAUGCUGGCAUGAUCGGACGAGCGGUCAAGGACAUCCACAAUCUGCAGGUGCUCCGCAUGGAUCGGAACAUGAUAUCGAAGCUGAGCGAAGGUAGUUUCGUCGAUUUGCCCUCACUGAAGGAGCUGUAUCUGAACAAUAAUGGUAUAACGGAGAUUUUCCACGGUGCAUUCCACCGGACGCCCAGCCUGAAGCUGGUCCAUCUCGAGAACAACUACCUGCGGCGGGUUCAUCCCGAAUCCUUCCUGCAGGCUUCGGGCAGUGGCGUCGAAAUGAUGCACCUGCAGCAGAACGAGAUUGGCCGGGUGGAAGAGCUGCGAUCGCUGCUCGAUGCGCUCCCGAUGCUGCGCUUUCUCGAUCUGAGCUACAACAAGCUGGAGGCGAUUCCGUUCGGUGCCCUGCGAGGACACGGCACGUUGGAGCAGCUGUACCUCAACCAGAAUCGCAUCCGGAUGAUCGAACGGGACGCGUUCAUGGCGAUGCCUGGGUUGCGUGAGCUUCGGCUACAGAACAACUCGCUGCACGACCAGCUACCGAUGCCAUUCUGGAACCUGCCCGGCCUGAAGGGUAUAGACAUUUCGUACAACAAUUUCCGCCGAAUGGAUCCGAAUUUGCUCGUGGGUGUUCCAUCCCUCCGACGGCUGGACGUCAGCGGGAACACGCUGUCAGUUAUUGAUGCGGGUGCCUUUACUCACACACCGAUGCUGGAAACGGUCAACAUUUCCUUCAACGAACUGACGCUCAUCCAUUCCGCUACGUUCCGCAAUCUGAACCACAUGUUUGAGCUGGAUGCUGGGAAUAACCAUUUACAGGAGUUCAUCCCGGGACUACCGGUCGCGGUCGAGCGAGUUAAUCUGCAUGGUAAUAAAAUCUCGCAACUUCCCCCACCGACCACUGCCAGCCAGCUGUGGGAUCUGCCGAACCUGCGCAUACUGGACAUAAGCAGCAACCAGCUGACACGUCUGCCUCGGGCCGUCUUCAAACCGACGCCACAACUGCGCGUCCUCAGCCUUGCCCGCAAUGAGCUGCAAUCGGUCGACGAUGGGAGCCUGUCGGGAUUGGGUCGCCUGGAAAUACUGAACCUACAGGACAACCGAGUACUGGCGCUUCACGAACGGUGCUUUAGUCCGCUUGAAAACCUGCGCGAACUUAAUCUGCAAGGCAACCGGAUCGAGGUGCUGGUCGACAAUCUGCUCGACAGUAACGCCCUGCUCGAGCAGUUCGAUGCUUCACGCAACAGCAUCGUGGAGAUAUCGCCGAAAGCGUUCCGCAACAGUCGUUCCCUGCAAACAUUGGACCUUUCGUCGAACCAGCUGCGAGAACUGCCGGAAUCAUUGUCCGGGCUGACGGAGCUGCGUGAGCUGGACGUAAGCUUUAAUCAGCUGACGGAACUGUCGCCGAAUGUGCUGGUGUCCUGGCGUAAUCUAGAGGAGCUGAAAGUGUCCAACAACAAGUUGAACCAGCUGCAUCAGGGUUCGUUACGAAACUUGCCGCUGCUACAGUACCUGGAUCUGUCGAGCAACGAGUUGACACUGUUGGAGCAUGGAUCGUUGAGAAAUUUGCCCGAACUGCAGGAGCUCGUACUGGCGGACAACAAGCUGACGGAGUUGAAGGAUCGUGUGUUUGAAGAUCUUCCCAAUUUGCAGGCCGUACAUUUGCAGCAGAACAACUUGCGCUACAUUUCCCCGUACAGCUUCUAUCGCUCGCCCUCGAUUGUGUACCUCAACCUGUCCGCGAAUCAGUUCCGCAGUCUCGAUAGCGUUGGGCUGCGCAGUGUACGGAAUCUGGAGGUGCUCGAUCUGACCGCAAACAGCAUACGCAAGAUCACGCCGAGCCCGUUGCGAGGGCUAGACUGGUUGGUGGAGCUGAAGCUGGACAACAAUCAAAUCUGUGGAAUUCAGGGUGAACCGUUCGCUACCAUGCCACGCUUGCGGGUGCUGAGCAUGCGCAACAAUCAGAUGUCGCGUGUCCCGGAACCGAUCUUUCGAAGUUUGCGUACAAAUAUUGCCAUACUUGAUGUGGACGGCAAUCCUUUGGACUGCAGUUGCGAGAUGCUCUGGUAUAUGGCAUGGUUGCAGGAAAGUCGCAGCCUCUAUCCCGGCCCACGCUGUAGAGAUGGAAAGAUGUUGCUGGAUAUGCGUUUGUCGCGCACCGAAUGCCAAUCGGGAGCACGAACGGCACCAGGACAUCCAGGCGAACAUCCGCUGACCAACGAUCAUGGUGAUGUGUUUGUCCGUGCGCUCGACUACGAUGAGUGUGGAGGGUCGGAAAAUUACGAAGUACCGCCAGGCCCAUCACCUCCGUUCCGUCCAGGCUCACCGUCCCCGGGUGACAGUGACUACUUCUACGAUCAGUACGUCGAUUAUCCUAACGCGUUGAACGACACACGGCUGGCGAAUGGGCAGCGUUUCAACAGUACUCCCUUCGCGGAGGACCCUCAGCAGGAUCGACGAAAUUUCUCUACAAACUUUGUCGAUUUUAACAACAACAAGUUCAACCAGUUCCAGCGUCCUCCGCAGGGUGUAGCGCCUCCAGCAGGUGGGCAAGAUGCUGGUUCACCGUUUACCUUCUUCGGUCUACCGAUACCGAGCCUUAACAUUGGUAAAAUGUUCGGCGGAGCUGGUCGGAAUGCGAACAAUCGAGCCUCGGGCGGAACACGUGGCAAGGGACGCGUUCAGGUGUACAAACAGGGCGAACCGGAGCAGAGCAUCAUCUAUCGGAACGAUGGCGUUAAGACGGACACGGUGGCAGUAGCGGUGAAAACACCGUCCGACCCGUUGGACAAAAAUGCCGGUGCCACGAACGAGAACAAUCUUUUCUAUCGUCCCUACUUCCAGACGUCCUUCCGGCAGCAGGCACCGGUGGACGUGCAAAAGGGUGGCUUUACACCGAUGCUGCCGGGCGCGGUUGGUGGAUUUACUCCCAUCACUGAUCCGACGCUGAAGGUCAUCAAUCAAAACUAUACCCACGAGGCGCCCGGAAAGUGGCCCACGGAGUUUAACGAGCGUGUACCGUUGGUGACGGAACCGACGCGCUAUUUGCAGCAGAAUAAGUUUGAGGCCACCAUCAAACCAUCGCACAACAGUGCACCUUACUUCGUCGAUGGGAUAACGCAUCACAUCCCGGGUAAGCAGGAGGGUGGCGCACCGGCGGCGACACUCCCGAAACCGUUACCGAAUGGAAAUGUUGAUGCUACUGGAGGACAGCGAAAUAAUGCUAGUGCAGUGAUUCCUCCUCCCCAUUCCGAGAUGGAAGAGGACGAUGAUGAUGGUGAAUCCGUUGACGAUGAAGAGGAUCCUGGCGAUGACGAAGACAUCGAUGGCGUACCAAACGAAUCCGAAGCGACAGGGGCCCAGGGAGGAGAGCUUACGACACGUCUCUCAAUCGAGCUAGCUACACCGACCAUUGGUUCCACGGUAAGCGGUGGGUUCAACAAAGCGUACACCACACCGAACCCAACGAUCCGUGAUUUGGCGCGCACACCUACCCGCGAAUUUUACGACAGUUCAAGCAACACGCCAUCGUCCCUGUCGGCACUGAUUGCGCCGGGUGCGCCGCACAGACCACCGGUCGGAAAGUCGACCAUCGAAAAAGUGCCCGCACCGGUCUCGUCCACCGUUACACCGUACUUCCCCAAUACGACGCCCGGUAUGCCGCACCGUGUGGUGCCCAAGAUCGAAACGGACAGUGGCGAUCGUCACUUCGGUUCACCGAACAUCAUCGAUCUUUCCCCAUCCAGUCACCAUCAUUCCGAGGGCGACAGUGUAAAUGAGAUACGGAAGCGCGAAGACAUGGAUUGGUACUUUGCCAACUACAACCACACGCAGCAUUACGAUUUCGAUGAGCUCGAGAUCAACAGCUUCCGGAGUGCGGGAGGGACGGUGCGCGGUGGUGCUAUCGUGUCGCUGAUGGCCAUCCAUACGAUCGUACGAUUGUGGCGUAUAUUAGUUUAAGGGUAGGUCGCUCUGGAAGAACGACGGGAUGCGAAAUGCGGGAUGGGAUCAAAGAUUUCACCGGAAGCUAGGCUCCGCCAAAGGAAUACAAAGUGUGUGUUUGCUGAACGCAGGAAUUACGGCGGGAGGGAUAUUUUAAAGAUAAAUUCAGAGGGGGGAAUCAUAUUUUUGCGUUCGUUGAUUCUUAGCUUUAUGUUAGCUUACACAGACACAAUAUGCUAACGAUUUGCUUCCGUAAGCAAGCAUUGCAAGUUGAGUAAUCUAUUGUAAAAUGUUAUCGAUCACAUCUGCUACGGUAAGAUGGCCUGCACAAACCGUGCAGAGAGAUUGUUUUUCUGUAUUGUUUGAAGAUUUAGAUUUAAAUUAAAUAAAGCUGCACAUACAACAACCAAA